AUGGCAUCAUGCUUUUGCAAUAAAGUGGACGUGACAGAGGGUACGCAUGGUACGAGCUCCUCAGAUGAUGCACUAGUUUCAUCCCAGGACCCACGCCAUCCCGCGAACCUGAUCUGCACGCUGUGCAAGAUGUUCUACUACAACAACUGGGUCACGGGCACAGGCGGAGGGAUCUCAAUUAAGCACUCCAAGACAGGUCACAUCUACAUCGCACCAUCUGGCGUCCAGAAGGAACAGCUAAAGCCAGCAGACAUGUUUGUGAUGGACCCUGCAAGCGGUUCAUAUUUGCGCACCCCACAACUAUACAAGCCUAGCGCUUGCACGCCACUCUUCAUGUCGUGCUACAAACAGCGCGACGCGGGCGCUGUGAUCCACACGCAUUCCCAGCACGCCGUCAUGUGCUCUCUGAUCUUUGAUAAGGAGCUUCGUAUCGCCAAUAUUGAGCAGAUCAAAGCGAUCCCGAGCGGCAAGAAAGACGCCAAAACAGGCAAGGACAUCAAUUUGUCGUUUUUCGACACGCUCGUGAUUCCCAUUAUCGACAAUACAGCGCACGAGGAGGACCUAACCGAGGGUCUGCAGGAGGCUCUCCAGAAAUACCCCAACACGACCGCAGUCAUCGUGAGAAGACACGGUAUUUACGUGUGGGGCCCUAGCGUCGACAAAGCCAAAGUGUACAACGAGGCUAUCGACUAUUUGAUGGAGGUGGCUUGGAAGAUGCACCAGCUGGGCAUUCCGCCCGACUGUGGCAUUGGAGAAGAGAAAAAGUAUUUGUAA